AAGUCAUUUUCAUGGCCAUCAGAUCUUCAGAGACACCAGAGAACACACACGGGCAAGAAGCCGUUCCUGUGCCCUGUGUGUGGGAAGGCAUUUGCACAAUCGUCAACUCUUCAAACUCAUCAGAGAACGCACACGGGCGAGAAGCCAUUCCUGUGCCCUGUGUGUGGGAAGGCAUUUGCACGGUCAUCAACUCUUCAAACUCAUCAGAGAACGCACACGGGCGAGAAGCCAUUCCUGUGCCCUGUGUGUGGGAAGGCAUUUGCACAAUCAUCAACUCUUCAAAACCAUCAGAGAACACACACGGGCGAGAAGCCAUUCCUGUGCCCUGUGUGUGGGAAGGCAUUUUCACAGUCGUCAAAUCUUAGCACGCAUCAGAAGGUCCACAAUUAUUGGAAACUGAAAUCAAAAGCUGAAAAGCAAUUCAAUUGCUCUGUGUGUGGGAAGUCAUUUUCACGGCCAUCACAUCUUAAGAGACACCAGAGAACACACACGGGCGAGAAGCCGUUCCUGUGCUCUGUGUGUGGGAAGACAUUUUCAAAGUCAUCAAAUCUUCAUAGUCAUCAGAGAACACACACGGGCGAGAAGCCAUUCCUGUGCCCUGUGUGUGGGAAGACAUUUGCAGACUCAUCAACUCUUCAUAGUCAUCAGAGAACACACACGGGCGAGAAGCCAUUCCUGUGCCCUGUGUGUGGGAAGACAUUUUCCAAGUCAUCAAAUCUUCAUAGUCAUCAGAGAACACACACGGGCGAGAAGCCAUUCGUGUGCCCUGUGUGUGGGAAGACAUUUGCAGACUCAUCAACUCUUCAUAGUCAUCAGAGAACACACACGGGCGAGAAGCCAUUCCUGUGCCCUGUGUGUGGGAAGACAUUUGCAGACUCAUCAACUCUUCAUAGUCAUCAGAGAACACACACGGGCGAGAAGCCAUUCCUGUGCCCUGUGUGUGGGAAGACAUUUGCAGACUCAUCAACUCUUCAUAGUCAUCAGAGAACACACACGGGCGAGAAGCCAUUCCUGUGCCCUGUGUGUGGGAAGACAUUUGCAGACUCAUCAACUCUUCAUAGUCAUCAGAGAACACACACGGGCGAGAAGCCAUUCCUGUGCCCUGUGUGUGGGAAGACAUUUUCCAAGUCAUCAAAUCUUCAUAGUCAUCAGAGAACACACACGGGCGAGAAGCCAUUCGUGUGCCCUGUGUGUGGGAAGACAUUUGCAGACUCAUCAACUCUUCAUAGUCAUCAGAGAACACACACAGGCGAGAAGCCAUUCCUGUGCCCUGUGUGUGGGAAGACAUUUGCAGACUCAUCAACUCUUCAUAGUCAUCAGAGAACACACACAGGCGAGAAGCCAUUCCUGUGCCCUGUGUGUGGGAAGACAUUUGCAGACUCAUCAACUCUUCAUAGUCAUCAGAGAACGCACACGGGCGAGAAGCCAUUCUUGUGCCCUGUGUGUGGGAAGGCAUUUUCACAGUCGUCAAAUCUUAGCACACACCAGAGAACACACACGGGCGAGAAGCCAUUCCUGUGCCCUGUGUGCGGGAAGGCAUUUGCACGGUCGUCAACUCUUCAAACUCAUCAGAGAACGCACACGGGCGAGAAGCCAUUCCUGUGCCCUGUGUGUGGGAAGGCAUUUGCACGGUCAUCAACUCUUCAAACUCAUCAGAGAACGCACACGGGCGAGAAGCCAUUCCUGUGUCCUGUGUGUGGGAAGGCAUUUGCACGGUCAUCAACUCUUCAAACUCAUCAGAGAAUGCACACGGGCGAGAAGCCAUUCCUGUGCCCUGUGUGUGGGAAGGCAUUUGCAGACUCAUCAACUCUUCAUAGUCAUCAGAGAACACACACGGGCGAGAAGCCAUUCCUGUGCCCUGUGUGUGGGAAGGCAUUUGCAGACUUAUCAACUCUUAAUAGUCAUCAGAGAACACACACGGGCGAGAAGCCAUUCCUGUGCUCUGUGUGUGGGAAGAAAUUUGCACACUCAUCAACCAGGAACAGGCAUCAGAAGGGAGAGACCUCGGGGGCCAGCGGCAAAGACAGGACCACGGUGUGA